GUUCGUUUUUUUCCCCCCGUUUUUAGAUUUUUAGAGGUGUAGGCAGAUAGGGGUUCAGGUGUGUUGGGUUUUUUUUCCCCCCUUGCUGCCUACAUCGGCUUUUUUGCCCCUCCCCCCGUUGUAUUUUUAUUUUUUUUUUUUGCAUGAGGUGGGAGUCCGGGGUGUCUAAUUUUUCUUUAGCUUAGUAGUGAAAUUGCAGCAGUUUCUGCCUCCUCCAGUCUGCUCGAGCGGGGAAAAUGGAGGCUGUGAUAGAGAAGGAGUGUAGUGCGCUCGGAGGGCUCUUCCAGACCAUCAUAAGCGACAUGAAGGGAAGUUACCCAGUGUGGGAAGAUUUUAUAAAUAAAGCUGGGAAACUGCAGUCUCAGCUUCGGACUACAGUAGUAGCAGCUGCUGCCUUUUUGGAUGCCUUUCAGAAAGUGGCUGACAUGGCUACUAAUACACGUGGUGGUACCAGAGAGAUUGGGUCUGCUCUCACCAGGAUGUGUAUGAGGCACAGAAGUAUAGAGUCCAAACUCCGGCAGUUCUCAAGUGCUUUAAUUGACUGUCUGAUAAACCCACUUCAAGAACAGAUGGAAGAGUGGAAGAAAGUGGCCAAUCAACUGGAUAAAGACCAUGCAAAAGAGUACAAAAAAGCCCGCCAAGAGAUAAAAAAGAAAUCGUCUGACACACUGAAGCUACAGAAGAAAGCAAAGAAAGCUGAGGCUCUGGGGCGGGGUGACAUUCAGCCCCAGUUGGAUAGUGCUUUACAAGAUGUCAAUGAUAAGUACCUGCUGCUUGAAGAAACCGAGAAGCAAGCUGUCAGAAAAGCUCUGAUUGAGGAGCGAGGUCGAUUCUGUACUUUCAUCUCGAUGCUGCGGCCUGUAAUAGAAGAAGAAAUAUCAAUGCUAGGAGAAAUAACCCAUUUACAAACCAUAUCAGAUGACCUGAAAAGUCUCACCAUGGAUCCACACAAAUUGCCAUCUUCAAGUGAACAGGUAAUUUUAGAUUUGAAAGGUUCUGAUUACAGCUGGUCUUACCAGACUCCUCCAUCCUCUCCCAGUACUACCAUGUCCAGAAAAUCUAGUGUUUGCAGCAGUCUGAACAGCGUUAACAGUAGUGAUUCCCGGUCCAGUGGCUCGCACUCGCACUCACCUAGUUCACACUAUCGCUAUCGCAGCUCCAAUCUGCCUCAGCAGGCACCCAUGAGGCUGUCCAGUGUGUCCUCCCAUGAUUCUGGAUUCAUGUCCCAGGAUGCUUUCCAGUCCAAAUCGCCAUCCCCCAUGCCACCAGAAGCACCUAACCAGUUGUCUAAUGGGUUUUAUCACUGUAGUUUAUCAAGUGACCCAUCCGUAGCUUCAGUUGGUGCAGGUCCUUUCCCUCAUUUCCCGCCUGUCUCCCGCGCGUGGACUCGGGCUCCCUCAGCCCUCCUUCCAGACUACGUUCAUUAUUACACCAUUGGGCCAGGCAUGUUACCAUCAUCUAAGAUCCCUAGCUGGAAGGACUGGGCCAAACCAGGCCCAUACGAUCAACCAGUGGUGAACACAUUGCAACGUCGCAAAGAAAAACGUGAACCAGAUCUCAAUGGAGGAGCUCAGAGCGGACCACCCGUGCCCCCUGAGGAGGCCCAGAGACCUCGAAGCAUGACGGUGUCGGCUGCCACAAGGCAGGGUGAGGAGAUGGAGGCCUGUGAGGAGCUGGCGCUUGCUCUGACAAGAGGGCUGCAGCUGGACACCCAGAGGAGCAGUCGGGAUUCCUUGCAGUGCUCCAGCGGCUACAGCACCCAGACAACAACUCCGUGCUGUUCAGAGGACACGAUCCCAUCUCAAGUUUCAGAUUAUGAUUAUUUCUCUGUGAGUGGUGACCAGGAGGCAGAACAACAAGAGUUUGACAAAUCUUCCACCAUCCCAAGAAACAGCGACAUUAGCCAGUCUUAUCGCAGAAUGUUUCAAACCAAGCGUCCUGCUUCCACCGCAGGUCUGCCAACCACGCUUGGACCGGUCAUAGUCACCCCCGGCGUCGCCACCAUCAGACGGACCCCUUCCACCAAGCCUUCAGUCAGACGCGGUACCAUAGGGGGAGGUCCGAUUCCGAUCAAGACGCCGGUGAUUCCUGUCAAAACACCAACUGUCCCCGAUAUCCCAGGGGGGCUGCCCGGCACCCUCGCUGGGACAGAAGAAUGUCCUGAGCAAAGUCCCGAGUCUCCGGCAGCAGGAGAUGGUGGGCAAGGCGUCACCAGCAUGCCCUCAUCCUCAUGGAGCGGACAAGCAUCUGUCAACCCUCCGCCGUCAAGCCAGAAACUGAGUGCUGCCGACGAGCAGAGGCAAGUGGUUCCUGAGAGCGAGGGGGAGGAAAGCGACCGGGAUGGUGUCAGCACCCUCGCGCCAGCGGGCCAUCCAGAGCUCGAUCCCGGAGAGCUGAGUCCUGGGGAUGUCCCACAAGGUGAAGAUAUGCUGAACGCCAUUCGGCGUGGCGUCAAACUGAAGAAGACGACCACGAACGAUCGCUCAGCACCUCGUAUUUCCUAGGAGUGGAAAAGCUGCCAGAGUACUAGCCACCGAGAAGGAACUGUGAGGAAACUAAUUUGUCUCUAUUCAUUCCAAUCUGUAAUCAAUGAAUUUUUUAAGAUACUCGGUAACAGACAGUCUGAAAGUACUCUAAAAGAGAAAACAAGGUGAAAGAGUGUAGUAAGACAUAAUCUUCACUGGUGUUUUAAUUUGUAAAUAUCAAUGAUUUUGUUUCUGCAUUUUUUUGAUCUAAGUUACGCUUUUAAUUUUUUCUGAAGGUGCCAAAUCCCAUUUACCUUUUUUAUAACUCUCUUUGUAAAGUUUUAAAUCAUAGGAGAAAAAAAACGUUGAGUAGUUAACUUCAGCAAAGGGAUUUAAUGAAAAUUUGGCUUUUUUGCAAGCUUUUGUAGAGCGCCUUGUAAUAGUGAGGUUAAAAAACAAAACAAAACAAUGGGACUUACUUUAAAGUUUAAGUCAAGCUGUAAGGAACAGAUCCUCAUUUAAGUAUUAAAAAAAACAAGUUUGAAAGGCAGGAAUAAAAAUUGACAAUAAAAGCAAUAUAUAAUGCAAGGAAGAAACCUGCAGUUGGUAGAGUAUUUGGGGGGUAGUGGGGGGAGGGAGAUGCCAUCAAAAUAGCAGAUGCUGUUGCACAAAAGUAGCCUAGUAGGAUUAAUUACUAGUAGCUUCGUGGUAAAUGCAUCAGAAUAAGCCAUACUGGAUUGCAGUGUUUUGUUUCUGUAGGGUGUUUUAAAGACUGGGUUUUUUCCACAUUUCUUUUUUGACUGCACAGCAACAACUCUCAGUCACAUGCAUGCAGCCUUAACUGUGUAGGCUUCGUUCUUCCACCUUCACUUUUUGUUCCACUCAUCCUUUCACUGAAUACGAACAAGGACAACAGGCUUAAGGCAGUUACAAAUGUGAAAACAUUUUUAAAAUGCAAGCAGGGAGUUCUUAGAUAUUAUCAAAAUGCCUUUUUCUGACUGUGCCCAGCAGGCUGGGCACCUUGGAAAGCCCAAAUAUUUUGAGAAAACACUUAACAAUUUGACAGGUGUAACCAGCUUGUGGUCUAAUAAACUGCGAAUGUUUCUUUCCAAUACAGGGGCUUGUUUUUCUUAACUUCUUUUAAAUGGCAGUUGAUUGGCUUUUCUUAAGUACUGAAA